AUAUUAUUUGGUUGCUUGGUUUUCCCUCGCAUUGCACUCGCAUAAGAAGCUUAUUCGAGGUGAAAUUCGAGGUGAAAUGACUGCCGGGUACAUUGGCUGGGAAUUCGCAGGUGCAUGGUGUAAAACAAGCUCUAGCAAGCCAAUUGUAUUUUCGUAUUGAGCCACCGUCUCGGCCGGUGGAACCCCCAAGUCAAGAAAAUCAAACAGCGGUCCAGGCAAUCAUAGCUGAUAUGUUGGAGGGCUGGUACUGCCGGACGAUGAACGAGGAAGCGCAGCGAAAGAGCCCUCUCAUGACCAUGAUAGAGGCAACGCAGCCGAACCCGCUCAUGUCCUUGAUGAAUGACGAGGCACCGCACAUGACUCCGAUGAUUUCCAUGAUGAACGAAGAGCAGCAACAGCCGUCUACUUCGAUGCUGGCGUUGCUAAAUGAGGAACCGCCAACAUCAACACCGCAGCGGAACCCGAUGCCGACAGCCGUACCCGAACAGCCGACGAUGGACGUGAGCAGCAGUGUGGAGGACGACACCGACGAGGACGAGUCCGGUACGUUCGAUAUCGAUUACAAGGAAAUGUACACGGACUUGAAGAAGAAAAUGAAAAUUCUUAUCAACGAAAACAUCUACUUUAAGCACAGCUUAAGGUCUCACCACAAGCGUUUGCUGAAAAUUAUUCGUGACCGUUCGUUUUUGCUCGAUCGGCUGCUGAAGUAUCAGCAACCGCCGGCGUCGUCGUCCGACAGUGAUGAAACGGUCGAGUCGGAUGAUUCCAUAAGGGUGGUCGAGCCACAGCCGAAGAAGCGCAAAGUUGAACCGUCCACUUCCCAGAGCAAUGUGUCCGCGAUGAAGCCACCGGCUGUACCCAAGCGCAACAAAAAAACAACCAAAAAGCAACAGCAACAGCAGCAGCAGAAGCAACAGCAGCAGCACAAACAGCAGCAACAACAGAAGCUUCAGCAACGACAGCAGCAGCAGCAGCAGCAGCAGCAGCAACUGCCACAACCCCAACUGAUGCCAACACAACAGCAGGAACAGCUGGGUGGACCGGUGUUACAGAUGACUUCGCAUCUUGCGGUCCCACACCAACAACCGGACACGCAGCAGCUGCUGCAGUCAGACCAGCUGUCACAAGCGUCGCAAGAUAUGCUUGACCAGCUCCCGCCCGAAGAUCAACUGCUGCUGCAUAUGCAGCAGGACAAACUGAUGGAUUUGAUCAAACAAAUCCCCCAAUCGCAGCAAUUACUGCAAGCAUCCCAGCAGCAAGCGCAGCCACAACUUAUGCAGCCCCACAGUUCCCAGAUGCAGCCAACGCAGCAACAGCUGAUGCAGCCGAUGCAGCAGCAGCAGCAGCAGCAGCAGCCACAGCAGCAGCAACAGCAGCAGCAACAGCAGCAGCUCCAUUCUCACCUACAGUCUCAACAGCAGCAGAUGCUCCCACCGCAACAGCAGUCACCGGUUGUACAGUCACCGGUGAACCUGAUGAACCAUCCGCAUAUGAUGCAGCUACAGGCGAUGCAGCCACAGGCACAGCACCAGCCCCAGGUGCAGCAGUACAUGAGCAACCCAACCGGACAAGUGUUACCACCGAUCAGGCAACAGCAGCAGCAAAUCCGCCAGCAUCAGCUCGACCAGAUGGAGAUGCAGCAGCUGCAGCAGCACAUACUCUUCCAGCCCUCCACGUUCGCGCAGCAACCGGCGACGAGCAGCGCAUAUCAGUUUCCACUCUCCAUGAUGUCGCAGGUGCCGACGGAACUGCUUGCCAACACCUCCUACACCGAGCUGGACGUGUCGCCCGGUGACGACAGUGCGAUGGAGAGUCAGAUGACGAAGGAGGAGCUCGAGCGGCACCUGCAGUCACGGCAAACGAUGCCACAGGUGAUACCGGAAGGUGAGCUACCGAUUGAAAUGUUCAGCAACAACUCAUCGACCGAAGCAAGCGAUCAACUAUAAGCUAACAUUGCACGGAGCCAAACGUAAUUUCGAUGUACCUCACUUUCAACGCGUAAAGUGUGAGAUUUUUCCAGCGGUAUGGCACACAAAAGUCAUGUCUUCGAUAGCUGCAGUCUAGUGCAACUAAGCUGAAAUGUCUAUUUAGUUGCUCUAAGCUUACGGGGACAAUGCUAACUAAGUGUUAUCGAACAGUUCAUCAAAUCUCUUUGCCCAGUAUUGGGAUAUUUAAACCAAAUUUUUGAGAGCAGAUAGGUAUUGCAAGGUCAGGACACAUGUAGCAGUGCAGGUCUAAUGCACGGCAGGACCGAAUUCCAUCGCGUCAAGGAAGCCAGAAAUGGUAGAAACUAGAAAAAAGGAAGGCAGUGAAAGACGAACGUUUUAAGGUCAUGUACCACAUUUAAGUUAUAACGAUUCCCAUUCAUCCAUUGGCGCAUUUCCCAUUUUUUGUAUGUAGGUGUGUGUUGGUUCCUCUACUAUGUAUCGCGUAAACCUUCGACCAAGAAGACAGUUGAAAUGGAAUAAAGUAUUCCAAACGUAA